AAUCAACAUCAGUCUUAGAUCCUUCAUUAUAAAGCUCCCGAAUGGCUCCAUCGACCGCUAAAGAAGCUUACGUUACACUAUGUACGAACGAUUCGUAUGCCAUUGGUGUCUUGGUAUGGGUGGAAUCUCUGAAAGAGGUCGGAACAACCCGGCAAAUUGUAGUUAUGAUUACAAAUGGACUGUCUCAAAAGAUGAAGGAACAACUGGCAGAAAGUGCCGAUAAGGUAGUGGAAGUAAACGUGUUAGAUAGCAGGGAUAAUGUUAAUUUGGAUCUCCUGGCAAGACCUGACCUUGGUGUAACCUUUACAAAGUUGCAUUGCUGGCGUUUGACUGAAUAUGACAAGUGCGUUUUUAUGGAUGCAGAUACUUUGGUGCUAAAAAACAUCGAUGAUCUGUUCGAGAAGGAAGAAUUUUCUGCUGCUCCCGAUCCAGGAUGGCCAGAUUGCUUCAAUUCUGGAGUUUACGUAUAUAAGCCAUCGUUGGAAACUUAUCAGAAACUGCUUAAAUUUGCUGUACAAUCAGGAAGUUUUGACGGCGGUGAUCAAGGUCUACUCAAUUCCUAUUACACAAACUGGAAUAGGAUUUCUUUUUUGUAUAACUGCGUUGCUCAGAGUUUUUACAGCUAUCUUCCAGCAUUUAAACAAUUUGGUAAGGAUGUUAAAGUUGCCCAUUUUAUCGGUGCAGUAAAACCUUGGCAUCAUAGUUUCGAUGUUUCAACCGGAAAGGUUUCGGAAUCGGAAUUUUCAGGCCAUUGUGCCGACUUCUUGCGACACUGGUGGAAUUUAUUUGUUAGUAGAGUUCACAAGCGUUUACCCGAAGAAAUUUCGCCGACAUUCCCAAAAGAGAAAUGGUCGCCAGGUAUCGCUGCUGGCAACUUUCAACCACCGUCCCAAAUGCAGGGACCAUACAUACCACCUAGCGUCGAGACAUUUUAUUCUCCCAUUCCGACCAGUAAUGAACUUCAAAUGGUCGUAGAACUGAAAGAAAGGAAAGAUUAUGAUUUUUAUGAAACUUUUUAUGCUGAACCUCCAAUGAGAACCAAAGAAGAGUAUGUUGCUCCAAGAUCUGAAACUUACACUGCGAAAGAGUUCAAUAUAGUCCUCCAAAGUUUUGGAGAUGAUAUUAGUCAGUCGGUAGUAAAAGAAGAUCUACCCGCUUUGCCAAAAGUGGUUGAGGCCUACGAAUCGACUCAACCAGCAGUGCCUUUAGCACAUCACGAACCCCCACCAAUGCAACCUCCUGUCGAAGCUCCUAAGGAGAUUCUAAAAGAAAAUCCAAGAGAGCUGCCAAAAGAGAUUCACGAAUAUGUCGAUUCUUCAGCAUCAUCUAUACCUACUAGUCCUUCCUCAAUUUCUACUUUUAAGGAUUUUUCUGGCCCAUCGACACCGCGUUCUGCAACUCCUACAAGAAUUGAAACGCCCUUUCAGGAUAGCGUUAUUUCACACGGAGCGGACAUCGUUAAAGUAACUAAGGAGUCAUUUAAAUACUUUAUAAUAAUACGUACCAAAAUUUUCAUUUAAAUUUAACUAGUUUCACUAGAGUUACUGUAAAAGUUAUUAUUAGUUUCUUGACUUCAAAGUUACUUUUAGGCUGUCGUAGAAAAUGGCUGCAGUAAUCAUAAAGCAGGAGAUUGCUCUUUUUGUCAAACAAGACACGAAGAAGUUGUGCAAAGUGUAUCAGGAAAAAAGAAAAAGACCAAGAAACGAGGAAGGGGCGAGGUAAUGAAAUUAAGAAUGUAGUAAUUCAAUUAGAGUGACAAAAGCUGCAAACAUAAAAAGGAAAUUUUUUUAAUUAAAAUCGUUACAACAAUUCACCAGUUUCAUGCGCUGAAACAAUCUUAACGUGAGUUUAAAUGAUUAAGGUCUAAAAAAGAAAACUUACUUGAAUUCUUUUUUCUUUUGGAUAUUGUACCUCAAAAUGUUCUAUUUGUUUUUAUUUUUUUGCAAUGUUAAGAGAGAGAGAGAGAGAGAGAGAGAAAGGUACUUGAACAGAAAAAAAAUACAAAAAUAUGAGGGCGGGUAAGCGUUGGAAAUACUAAUAGGUCUAUUGCUUUAUCUAUUAUAUUUUUUUUCCCAUUUGCACUUUCAAAGUUUAGUUAAUAGUUUGCAAAAGUAUUUUCUUUUUUCUAAACACAAAAUCACUAUUUUCUUAAUGGAAAGCAAGCGGAAAAAAGGAAAACACCAUCUUAUAAAAGUAGAUUAAACUGUCCAUAAACUUUUAUAUUUCUUUUCAAAUAUUCUGUCAGUGCACAUCACAAAAUGUAUUUUUUCCUCUGUGUAGUAUCUCUUUUAUUAUUAUUCAUAUUAGAAAGUGUAAAGGAAGCUUGCUUUUGGACAUAAUUUCUUUAUUAUUUCGGUAUUUCUUCUGUUUCAUUUUUCAGGAAAGGAAAAAUAGUUAAAUUUUAGUCUAUGCUGUCUUUUAUUUCUUUAAUUCUUGAUCAAUUUCAUUGGUUAAUUUUAAAAUCGUCUCCAUCGUUAAUAGUUAUUAAUCAUUUUUUCAUUUUUUAAAAUAUUAGAUGAGAAUGAGAAGUCAAAGUUUAAAUAUCGUCUAUUCCGAUCUUAAUACGGAUGAUUCUCAAAGAAGAUUCUUGUGGGAACAAGGCCAAAUCGAUUAUAUGGGAAUUGAUAAAUUUGAUAAUAUUCAAAAGAAGCUGGAUAGCAUGAUUGUCUCCCCAGAGCCGGCGAAACCGAAGCAUAAGAACAAACGACCAUCGUCUAGAGGUUCUAGUGGAAAAAGCUCGACUGUAUCGUCCGAAGGUUCAGGUGAAUCUAAAAACGCCUCGGAUGAUGGAAAGGAUAGUGGCAGUGAGACGCAAUUAACAAAUAGAUUAAGAUCGGCUGAUGCUACUCCCACUGCACCUAGCACCGGAAUCUUGAAGAAAAAGCCUACUGAUAGUAAAACGGAAGAGAAAAAAGUUGAAAAGGGAGCUAAAGAAACGAAAUCUGUUCCUGCGCCAGCUAAGACAGGUGGAAAGCAGAAAGGUAUUAUGAAAGGAAAUAAAGCAGAGGUCAGCGAGCUGUAAUUGAAUUUUGCAUAUUUGAGAAAUGCAUAUAUUUUUGGUAAGAUGAUUGGAGGAAUCAAUUAGAUACAUAUAUAUGUUACAUAUUAAUUUUAGUUAUUUUAUUGUUUCUGAGACGUUCAAUAGAAAUUACAUUUUGAAUUAAUUGUAAAAGCAAUUUCAUUGUGUGCCUCACUUGAAUGCAGUGGUGAAAUGUUUUGUAGUUGCCAUUAAGUUUAUGAUCGCUAAAAUACAGAUUAACAUAUUCCCCCAAAAGUGUUUCUUUUUUUUGCAUAUGUUAUAUGUAGGCCUAGAGUUCAUUUAUUUGAUUAACACGAUAACAGGUGAAUAUAAUAGGGGAAAAUAUUAAAAAGAUAAUCCUUUAAUAGAGGAUUCUCUACCAAAAAGUAUUUUUUUAAGGACACUAAAUAUCUUUACUAUAUUAUAUCACUAUUUAUUCC